AUGCAAAAGACUAUCAAUGAAGCCAAAAGGAUUGGUGCAUUCUAUGACUUUGAUUCGUUUGCAAAAAAUAAUCUUACGAAUAAUUUACGUUGGUUUUUUAUUCUAGACUUCGAAUCUACAUGCUUUGAAGAUGAAAGUAGAAAGCCUACUGAAAUCAUUGAAUUUCCUGUCGUUGUAUUAGAUUCAGUUACGGGAACAUUAGUAGAUUCAUUUCAAAGUUUCGUGAAACCAACAGAAAAUCCAGAGCUAACUGUAUUCUGCUCUGAUUUAACCAGCAUUCAACAAUGCGAUGUAGAAAACGCUCCUACUUUGGCAGUUGUUUUGAGAAAGUUUGAGCAUUGGCUUCGAAAAACCAAAGAAACUUUAGGAUGUUCCUUUAAAGGUCAACCAGCUACAACAGCUAUAUUCGUAACAUGGACUGACUGGGAUAUAAGUACAUGCUUAUGGGAUGAAUGUAGACGGAAGAAACUACCUCUGCCUGGUGAUAUGUUGAAUCGUAUCGAUCUAAAGGCAAUAUUUCAACAGUGGCUUGGUUCUCAUAAAGUUGGACGGAAAUGGCGAGGUGGUUUAAAGGAUGCACUUAAUUUAGUUGGAUUAAACUUUGAAGGUCGGCCACACAGAGGAAUUGAUGAUGCUAAAAAUACAGCCCGACUACUUUUUCACCUACUUUCAAAAAAUGUUCUCAAUUCGGCGACUUCAUGA